CAAGCGACGAAAAAAAAAACCAACAAACGACAAAGAGGAAACACCAACAAACGACGAAAAGGGAACCGAUACCAAUGAUGAAAAGGAGCGCCCACAGAUGAUGAAAAGGAACAUAACACCAAUGACAAAAAGAAUCUCCAACAAAUGA